GCAAACGGCGCCUCGCGCGGCGACCUCAACAGCGGCUUCCUCGACCAGAUCCAAGCGCUCUGCUGGAUGCAGACGUGCAUCGCCAAAGUCGGCGGGGACCGCACGAGGGCGACGAUCAACGGCGCGAGAGCGCGGGCGCGUCCGUCUGUCGCGCUGCGCAUGACGAUCGGGGCUGGUUGGGCAGGGUUGUUUGGGCAGGGUAUUGCGCAGAGCGUGUAUCGGACGCAGUUGGCGGGGCCGCGGGCGCUUGUUCAUCGGUUUGAGUUCUAUGCGGAGCAGGCGGGGUGCGGGGGCGCGCGGACGAGGGAGGAGACUGUGGGGUCUUUGGGGAAGGCGGAUAUGGUGACGCUGGGGAAGGCGCAGGAUGCGGCGAACGGGCUCUGUUCGAGCCUGCGCUGGGCUUUCACAGACCACCCGAGCGCGCUGUUCCAGGCCGGGGACUUUGCAAAGGCGCCGCUCAUCGUCGGCGCAACAUCCAACGAAACACUCUCAAGCGGAACCGACAUCCCCAGCGCGCUCAAGAGCUUCUUCCCCGCGAUCACGGACGCAGACGUCGGCGCGAUUGUCGCUGCGUACCCCGCCGACGACUUUACGGGUGCGGAACAGGUGAUGCAGUUCGCGACGGGCGAUGCGGAGUUGCGGUGUGGGAGAGAGGUGAUGAGCGGGGCGGCUGCGAAGAGCGAGGUGAAGACGUGGACGUAUACGUACAACCAGGCGAACCCAACAGGCGGGUCGGAUGCCGCUGGGCAUGCUGCUGAGAACUGGAUGGUGUUCCGCGGGUCGAACACCGGGGCGGACGGCACAGUGACAGUCACCCCGCAAUCCCCCGUCGAGCUCGCAUUCGCAGCGGAGCUGAUCGCGUACCGGCUCUCGUUCGUGCGCGCGGGGGACUCGAACGCGUUUAAGCUCGCGAUGUCGCCGCCGUGGGAUGGGUACGGCGCCGACGGGUCGGGUGGGCAGGCAGUGCGGAUAGAGAUGCAGCAGGACUCGCGGAACGGCACGAGUGCGUCGGGGAGCUAUACGGAGAGGCAGCUGGGGGAGGAGGGUGAGAGGUGUGUGUUGGUGGGUGGGAUGGUUGAGGAUUUGGAGAAUUAG